AGAAAUACCGACGGGAGGAGCGGGGAGCUCGCGCUUAGUUUGACCUCCACCCCAAAGCCGAGGCUGUGCCUCAGGAGACCCUGGGCACGCGGGAGAAUCGUGGCCUGCGGGAAGGCCUGCAGGGCCUUGGGGAAACCCCGGGGCAGACGUGAACGCCGCUGCCCAGGACUGCCUGGCCCCACGUGGUUGGAGCGCGCCCCGGGGGGGCCGGGCCACCCAGGCUUGCAGAGGGAAGGCGCCUGCAGCCAGGGGUGGACAGAGAUAGACCCGAAAGACAGGCGGCACUGCCUCCUGGUUGGUGCAGGACAGGUGGAGGCCCAGCGCCCCAGCCUUGCGCCUGGUGGCCUGCCUUUCCUCGGGGCUCCUCUCUCCCCCAGUUUCUGAUGACCACCAACUCCCUGAGCACGUGCUGCGAAUCAGGUGGCCGCACGCUGGCAGACUCCGGGCCCACCGCCUCAGCCCAGGCUUCCGUCUACUGCCCGGUCUACGAGAGCCGGCUGCUGGCCACCGCGCGCCAUGAGCUCAACUCAGCCGCCGCGCUGGGCGUGUACGGGGCCCCCUACGGGGGCUCGCAGGGCUACGGCAACUAUGUGACCUACGGCUCCGAGGCCUCCGCCUUCUACUCGCUGAACAGCUUCGACUCCAAGGACGCUCCGGGAUCUGCGCAUGCGGGCCUUGCGCCUGCCGCCGCCGCCGCCGCCGCCUACUACCCGUACGAGCCGGCGCUGGGCCAGUAUGCCUAUGACAGGUAUAGCACCAUGGACAGCGGCACGCGGCGGAAGAACGCCACGCGCGAGACCACCAGCACGCUUAAGGCCUGGCUGCAGGAGCACCGCAAGAACCCCUACCCCACCAAGGGCGAGAAGAUCAUGCUGGCCAUCAUCACCAAGAUGACCCUCACGCAGGUCUCCACCUGGUUCGCCAACGCGCGCCGGCGCCUCAAGAAGGAGAACAAGAUGACGUGGCCGCCGAGGAACAAGUGUGUGGAUGAGAAGCGGCCCUUUGGGGAGGGCGAGGAAGACGAGGGGGCGGAGGAAGACCCCCGGGAGGAGCCCCUCAAGAGCACCAAGAACGAAGAGACAGUCAGCAAAGAGGAGAAGGAUCUGGAGCUCAGCGACUUGGAGGACUUCGACCCACUGGAGGCAGAGCCCCCAGAGUGUGAGCUGAAGCCACCCUUCCAGCCCCUGGACGGCGGCCUGGAGCGCCUUCCUGCUGCACCCGAGGGUCCCGGUGCCCCCGGGAAAGAGGCCUCGGGCGCUCUCCGGAUGCCCCUGGCCACCAGUGGCGGGGCCGCCCUGGACCAGGACCUGGAGAGGGCCCGGAGCUGCCUCCGGAGCGUGGCGGUGGGGCCGGAGCAGCAGCUCGGCAUCGGGGGCGGCCCGCAGGCUUGCGAGGCCAAGAUGGGCUUUGCCCAGGCUGGGGCGACAGCGGGGCUUGAGGUCAAACCACGCAUCUGGUCCCUGGCGCACACGGCUACCGCAGCCGCCGCCACCAACCUGAGCCAGACUGAGUUUCCGUCGUGCAUGCUCAAGCGCCAAGGCCCCGCCGCCCCUGCGGCCGUCUCGUUGGCGCCUGCCUCGUCCUCACCUGCGGCCCCGGCCUCCGCCAGUGCCCUGGACAGGCACCAAGACUCCCCGGUAACCAGUCUCAGAAACUGGGUGGACGGAGUCUUCCACGACCCCAUCCUCAGGCACAGCACUUUGAACCAGGCCUGGGCCACCGCCAAGGGCGCCCUCCUGGACGCGGGGCCGCUGGGACGCUCGCUGGGGGCGGGCGCCAACGUGCUGACGUCGCCCCUGGCGCGCUCCUUCCCGCCCGCCGCCGCGCCCCACGACGCCCAGGCCACUGGCCCCGCCAAGGAGCUUCUGGCGGCGCCCAAGGCCAGCGGGAAGCCCUUCUGCGCCUGACGGGGCGCGACUCCCGGUGCGCGGUGCCAGCCCGCACGUCCGAGACUCCUUUUGUACUGAGUUUCCAAAGCUAGCGGAGAGCGCCAAGCUCAGGCCGCCCGCCUACCCUGAGGGAGGGGCUGGACUCGGUCUCCCGGACCACCAACGAGA